UCUAACCACUUUUUAUUACGUCAUCAUCUUGUGCGUUAGCUUCUUUCUGUUUGCUAGCGAAAAAGAAAGGAAAUUAUUUCGUUUUACAGUUUUCGUUAAUGUUGACCUAAAAGCGUAAUAAUGUCAGAAGGUUACCCGGAGGGCCCGGACCUACAGGAGUUGACAGAAUUCACAGAAAAAUGCAAAAAACAGUUAAACGACAUAUUUGAUGAGUUAGGAUGGUCGCAGGAUUACAAAGAUCCGGAGCCGAUGGAGCAGUGUCCUUAUGACCCCAACCACAAAGUCCCAGUCAGGACCAUGGAGAAGCACAAGGCUUCCUGCAGGCUCCAGAAGUUGGGCUACACCGCUGAAGAGCAGGCAGAGAUGUACGAUCCAUCUGUGUGUUAUGAAAACAGCAACAUCAGAAGCUUUAUAAUGGACAAAUCUACCCAGCAUCAAGUCAUCCUACAAGCCAGAUCUGCAGCUCCUCUAAUGAAGAUGAAAGGAGUUUUAUGGCAAGGUCAGUACUCUGUCCAGCCUGUUGAUGUGCCUCAGAACCACAAAAGGGCCGUGUGUGACCUCACUGUAGCCGACCGAUUGGCUCUUUAUGAUUAUGUGGUCGGCACCCUCAACCAGCAGAAGGAAUCAGCCACGGCCAGCGACGAUCUCUACGUAGAUUUGGUGUCCAAACUCCGAAAAGAUGAAAAGCAAAAUGAGCCAAAGAGUCACCUGGAGCUGAUGGCUGAGAUGAGGGACUACAAGAGACGGCGUCAGUCCUACAGAGCCAAGAAUGUCCACAUCACCAAAAAAUCCUACACGGAGGUGAUCAGAGAGGUGAUCAACGUUCAUUCAGAGGAGCUUUCCAGACAGUGGAAGGAGGAAGAAGAUGAGAAAGAUUCCUCAGGAUCAGAUCGUUCCCCCCACAGUCGCUGGCCGGAUAAAAGGAGGUCAAGAUCUACCGAGUCUCGCCACAACAAGCGCUAUCGCAGCCGAGAGCGGAGCCGAGACCGGGGUGGCAAGAAGAAGAAAAAGAGGACAAGAGAGUCCCGUUCCCCGGAUGAUUACCACCAAGAGCGGAAGAAGAAGAAGAAGAAAAAGAAGAAGAGGAAAGAUGACGGAGAAGGAAAAGUGAGCGUGCCGGACCAGAAGCUACAAAUUCAAGAAUGAACGCUGUGAAGUUUUCUGCUUUAAAGACGAAAUGAAAACUAAACCUUUGUUUUUUUUUAUGGAUGCAAAUAAAAAUAAAGUUUCUACAUCAACAA